ACACACAGAAGGACCUAUCCAGCACCACACACCGACUGAUGCGUACGGUCCAUGAGAAGCAGCGGUUCGUGGCUGUCGGAGGGCUGCGGAGAUAAAAAGACACAAUGUGGACUCACUCUUAUUUCUGAAGACCUCAGCAGACGAGCAGGAAGAGCGGAGUCCCAGAGGGAGUGAUGUUGGCAGGCGAGGAGCAGGACAGCGAGGCGUCCGCAGCGCCCAUGUACGUGUAUGAAUCUAAGGUCCACUGCGCCAACGUGCUGUUGAGCCUGGAGGAGCAGCGGCGGCAGGGCAUCCUCUGCGACGUGACCGUGCAGGUGGAGGGAAGGGAGGUUCGGGCGCACAGGGCUGUCCUCGCCGCCAGCAGCCGCUACUUCCUACAAGCCCUCCUGGGGCACAACACGUCACCCGGUGAAGCGGAGCCCAUCAUUAACCUGCCGGACAAGGUGACAGCCAAGGGUUUCGCACCACUGCUCCAGUUUGCCUACACAGCCAAGCUGGUUUUAAGUCGGGAGAACAUCCAUGACGUCAUCCUGUGCGCUGACUUCCUGGGUGUUCACAAUUUGGAGGACUCUUGCUUCCGGUUCCUUCAGGAGCAGCUACAGAAUGACAGCCAACACGCCAGUAACGGCAAGGUGGAGUAUGACGAUGACAUCACAGCCAAGGACACAGUGUUUUCAGAGACGGCAUCCGUGGACGAUUCUGCAGACACGAGGCAUCAUGUAGCAAGCACUACGCCACUUCCCACUGACCCUCCUCAAUGUCCGAAAUACAGGAAAUAUCACUACCAGAUCUGUGACAACAAGCUCAAUGGAGAAAACCAUCAUGGCAGUGAUGAUGUCAUUUUGGCCGAUCAUACCUCAGUCAGCCCUGUGAGCUCGCAGCUUGCAGACAGCAGUGCUGCUCCACAAACUCUACUUACACCCUCCAGAAUCAAAGAGGAACCUUUUGUGUUUGAGGAAGAAGAAGAAAGCAAUGGCUGCAACACGGAGUUGUGCACCGAGGAGGUGCUGGAGAUGGAGCUGGAGGUAGAAGGGGUUCCAGUAGCAGCUGAGCACUCGCCUAGCCAAGGCUCGCCCUCUUCCUGUCUGCGCUCCUACCUCCAGAGAGGUGGCCUGGAUCUGAGCGGUGUUCCCAGCACCACCAUCCAGCAGCUACUCACCAACAGACUGUCCCUCAACCACUACAGGGAACUGGUCAAAGACAGACAGAGGGAUAAGAGGGAAUCUGUCGGCCAAGUGGACCUCAAGACCGGCAUUGCAGAUGUAAUACCAUCAGCACUGACUGGUAUUGGUGGGAACAUGGAGAGGCCAGUGUCCAAAGCCUCCUCUUCUAAACAUGAGGGCGAGCUAGACAGACGCAGUGUCAUUUUCUCCUCAGCAGCUGGCGAGCGACAAAUGUUGGCCCAAUCUUACAUGGACGAGAAGUUCAGAGAAAAAGUCUCAACCCUGAUGCAGGUAGAACCUCUUUCCUCCAGUCGAUCAUGCCUCACCACCAGCUGCCCUGUUCCCAUCAAGACAUCAGCCCACUCUCCUCCUCCCUUUGAGCCCCGAACCCAGACCUCCAGCUCCCGUUCCUCGUUCUCGUACCCAGAGGACGCAGGCAGCAGUAGCUCACCUUCCAGCUUGCCCCAGUUUGACUUCUCCUCAUCACCGCACUCAGGCUCCAUCUCUGGACUGUCUCAGUGCCUGGCCGGGGUGAUGGAGCAGAGGAACCCCCACAGCGGAGAGGUGGUCUUCUCUCAGGGUUGCACCAAGAUCAAAAGUGAACGGGGAUUUGGUGCCAGUGGUGGCAACUCCAGUGAUGAAUCGGGCUCCUUCUCAGAGGGAGACAGUGAAAGUGGCAUGUCCAGAAUCUCUGGUCCUGAGGUAAAGCUGCCCUUCCCCGUGGACCAGAUCACCAACCUGCCGCGCAAUGACUUCCAGAUCCUCAUCAAGAUGCACAAGCUGAGCUCAGAGCAGCUGGAGUUCAUCCACGACGUCCGCCGUCGCAGCAAGAACCGCAUCGCUGCACAGCGGUGCCGCAAGAGGAAGCUGGACUGCAUCCAGAACUUAGAGGGCGAGAUCCGCAAACUGAUGUGUGAGAAGGAGAAGCUGCUGAGCGAGCGCAACCAGCUGAAGGUUUGUAUGUCGGAGCUGUGGCAGAACCUCUCCUUCCUCUCCCAGCAAGUGUGCAGGGAGGUGCAGGGCAGCCAGCCGCCUCCCGUCUCCGCCAGCAUCGACCUCACAUCCAUACCGCCGUCGCCUUCCUCCGACGACGUCUCGUCCCAGCCCAGGUCGCCGGUGUCACAGCAAAGCGUGGCUGCGUGUCUGUCUGAUGUGGGUCUCGGCCAGGGGAGGAGGGGCAGGCAGUGUAGGGUGGAGGUGUCGGAUGUGGGGCAGCAGAACGCGGAGUGUCCACUGGUGCGUGGAUCCACUGAGGAAACAUGUAGCCCCACUGUAACAGUGGAUUUCUGUCAGGAAAUGACUAAGAAAUGCACGACGGAUGAACAGAAGAGACGGGACUGUCCUUAGAGUCAGUGGUGAACGGUUUGGUCUACGACACACUCGUCUUGUCUAUACCUUGAUAUUUGAAGUAUUUUUUUUCUUUUUUUUGUAAAGGAUGACACAAGCGUUAUCUUAUCAGCAAUACUGUUCAACAGAUAUUUUUUGGACUGGUAUAACACAGAAGCACUGGCAGCUUUCUCUCUCCCUCUCUAUCAUCCUGACUUCUUCCUGUCAACUUCCCCAGCUCUCUCGUGCAUCACGGGAGGUUAAACUCAGGAAUUCCACAGAAUGUUCAGUAAUGUCCCUGUUCACAUGUACACGCACUUUACUUUAGAGUCCUGUCCAAGCUGGAUAAUUACUUCGGUACGUACGGUUGAUUUGCAGUUUUAAUUAUCGACACCUGUCACGUCUGGUUGACCAAAGGAAUAGUUCAAGAUUUUAUUUGCUUUCUCUCUGAGAGUGAGAUGAAAAAGAUUGAUACCAACCUCAAAUCUGUGAAGUUCAGAGCUGAACUCAGAACAUGGUUAGCUUAGGUCGGUAUAAUGACUGGAAGUACACCACACUGUGCACAGCUCCUUUACGUCAGCUACAUCGAUUGUAUUAGUGUUAAAUGAAUUGAAUUUACAGUAGAUGUAACUUGCGGCCAUUUUGCUUAGGUCUUUGGUUAAACAAAGGAGACACGACAGGUUCCUUUGUCAGAUUUAGAGGUGUUGUUAGCUAGCUGUUUCCCCUGCUUCCAUUCUUAAUGCUAAGCUAGGCUAACCACAUCCUGACUCCAUCUCUGUACUCAACACACAUCCUCUCACCAGACUGUAAUACAUUUCCCAAAAUGUUGGACUAACCCUUUAAAUUAUUCAGUACAUUGAACAACAUCAAACAACUCACUUGUGAUAUGAUUUCUCAUCUCAUCUCAAAUGAUCCGGUAAUUGUUGAGUGACACAGGACUUUAAAGUAAAAUGUUACCAAAGGUAUGUAUUUGUAAAAAAAAAAAAAUUACAUUAGAUGAAAAUGCUCAAUGAAUUCUCAUUAUGCAAAGUUUCAUUUGAAAAACUUCACUUUUACUUUUUCUCGUACUCAGACGGACGUUUCUACACAUUUCUCUUCUGCCUUUUUUCAUAUCUGUGCUGAGAGAGAACAUUACAGAACUGAAGCACUGCCCAGCGCCUCCAAGAGGUCACGCCUGGCACUGAACCUGAGCGAGCCUGUCCAGACACAUUAAAGGGCAGUAACAGUGCCGGUUUACAUUUCUGCCCACCAUUUUCCAAAGCAUGCCGCAGUGGUUCAUCAACUUACAGACGAGAAUCUCCGAACAAGGAAGUGGAAGGUUCCUGGAAGAACUAUGUCAUUUGGUCAUUGUGAUAGUGAAAAUGGAGACUUUCUUUUAAUUUAAUUUAAUUUUGUUUUAAUUUCUUUUAAUUGAUUUGAUCAAUUCUUUAUCAAAGAAAACAAAAACUUUUGUCUGCCUGUGCAGUUGUAAAAUUACAGAUACAAUUCAACAAAUAUAGAGAAUCAAGUUGAUUUAUGUGAUUAUGUUUACACUGAUUUCCAGACAUUUUCCAUUCAUUAUGAUUUGAAUAGAUCUAUCAAGUAAAAUCUCUGGAAAUUAAAACUUCAGUCAAUUUAUGUUAAAAAGUAGUAAUAAAUAACUGGGUAUUUACUGUCUUAGAACAUUGUCUCUAUUUCCACACAAUUACCAAAUUGCAUGUUCCUCUCCGUAUAACGUCCUUGGAAAUUAUAUUUUCUUUUUUCUGUUUUAUAUUCUUUUUUAUAGGAACCACAGGUUGAAACUUCAAACAGAAGGUUGACUUAAAAAGUUGACACAUUGGGACAUAAAAACUAAAACAGUGAAUGAAUUAAAUGAAUAUCAGAAAUAACGAGUCUGAAAUAAAGAAACGUACCUAGUUGAUUUACAGAGGCUUCAGAAAGUAGACAGGCCCCAUCGUCUUGCACUUUAUUGUGUUUUUGAGAUUUUGAGAUUUUAUUUUAGAUCGAUAAAAUUACCAUUCUUGCAUAAGUCUACACUCAGUAACCCAUAAUGACUCUUUGCGGAGUCCAGACAAACUGAGGAACCAGGUGAGAAGAACCUUGGUCAGGGAGGAGACCAAGAGCCCAGCAGCAGGGACAGGGACAGUGGUCAGAUCGUCAUCAUGAAGGAUGAAUGAAGCCAAAUACAGAGAGGUCCUUGAAGCACCAAACCACAUACUGGAUAUUGACCAAAAAGUCCAGAUUUAAACCCCACAGAAAACAUCUGUGGAGGGAGAUUAACUUGCCAGAUCCAGGUGUUCAGAGCUUGUAGAGACUGAAGCUGUACCUGCUGCUGAAGUGGGUUCUACAAAGAACUGGAUCAAGAGUCUGAAGACCUAUUGACUAAAUGAGAGAUUUCACUUCUUGAUUUUUAAUUGAUUACCAAAUAUUUCUAAAAACAAAGUGUGCAAACAAUCUGAAUACCUUCUGACGCCACUGUAUAUAUUAUAUAUUAUCAUAUGGUGAAAUGAAUGGAAACCAACACCUGCCUGGAAGGUAGAAAACAGACUCAGAAAUCUACUGUUGUUAUGCUUUGGAAAUGGAUGGUGGCAAUGUAAAGUAAAUAUGAUCCAUUUUAAAUGGGCUGAAUUUUAAACAUGCUGGUUUGGUCAUUUAAACAAAUCAUAAGUGCUCUUUGUCACCCAUUUAUGUAUUGUCUUAAAAGUAGUAAGAAUUUAGUGUUUAUACUUAUGGCAAUCAUGUAUUUAGCUACACUGUCCUUGUAUUAUAGAGAAGACAAACAUCCCUACUGAAAGUAUUUGGUAUAGUAUGUUGGUGUGAGACACCCACCUUUUCAAAUUCACAAAUCACAUGUAAAUCUGUUCAAACACAAAGCAACAUGAUCAGCUCCUACGUAUGAAUCAGCCUCCCUGAUCCUGUGCUGUAUGAAAUUCAGAGCUUCAAACAAACACACUGGCACGUUAUUGAUUUAGGGAGAUGCCAAAUUCAUCUGCUGUUGAAAAGUCGAUAGCGAGGCACGUGGCAGGGGCGAGUGCUGCCGCUGCCGCCACCCUGCCCAGCGCUCUGCUGCGACGUCAGCGCGCGUCAGGCUGGAGCACAGGGUGAUCAAACUGGAGUUUGAAACCGCAGUUGACAAUAUUUCAUUGCACUUGAUUUUUCAAAAAGAAAAAAAAAAAAAAGAAAAUUGGUUGAUGACCCUUUAAAUACAGAGCUGCUAUUUCCCUGUGUGGUUUUUGUAAAUGGAUCAGUAGAUAGUGGCAGCUUGACUGUGCUGGUCUCAUGAUAAACACAGGACACCGUUAGCCAAUGAUAAUCUAAUUAGAAUGUACUAAAUGCUCAGAGUACACUGAAGAACACUGCUCAGCUGAUUUUCAUACACUUUAAUUUCUUAAUGUGAACUUGUUAAUUUAUUUAUUUGGGCUCUUGUUUGGGGUUGGUGUUUGGGAUGGGUGGGGGGUGAGGGGGGAGGGGUUGUAGAGGAAAUUGCAUAGAUGUAAAAUGUAGGUCGCUACCCUUUCUUAGAAUGAACUUGUUGAUGGUUGUAUUUUGUUAUUGUUGACAACUUCAUGAAAAAAAUAAGUCUUGAUUUACAAGUCACACGUACUUAAGUUGUAAUAUUUUAACUUAAAGGGGAGUGAGUGUGUUUACAAUUUUGUGUAUUACCUGUUCUUCUUGUUUUGUAAAGAUAUAAUUAAGAUCUGAGAAUUAAUUUGAAUAGACGAGCUGAUGAAGCUGUUUUUUUUAUAUAUACAUAAGUUAAAAGUGUUGAUGACUUUGGGAGAAAAAUAGGAAUCUGACAAGUGCAGCUACAAUUUCUUGCCUUAGAGGUUACAGAGGCCAAACUAGUCCAGUAAAGGAACAAAGGAUUUUAUUCAACAGGAAGUACACUGGGCAUGGCCCUCUGACCCCGGCUGUUAGAGAAACAGUUUAUUUCUGACUUUUUGUUUCACAAAGUACAUGUCCGCUUAUGGAAAUCUGGAGACCCAAGGUGGUCAAUACUAAAUAAAUAAAUGAAAUGUUAUGAAAUAUAUAAAUAAUAAUAUCAGUAUAUAACUAGGCAAAAUAUGUAAUAUAACCAUGAAACUAUCAGACAAUUACACACAAUUUUAGAACUUUUUGAAAAAAACAAAACAAAUUACAUUGUAUUAUUUUAGUUUCAUGGCUACAUCAUAUAUUUUGUAUAUAUUUAUUUAUUUAUUUUACUAUUGGCCACUGUGAGUCUCCAUGUGGGGUAUAUCAUAAAGAGGACCAACUGUUUAAAAGAUAAAUUAAAUGUAUUUGUUGUAAUUAAUCAGUUGCAUUUCUGUAAUUAAGCUAAAAAAAAAAAGCUACCCUGGAGUAAACAUCAAAAUAUCAAAGUGAGGCAUCACAUCAUUUUAUAGCUUUUAAUCCGUUCUACACAAAACAUUAUGGAGGACCAGGGGUGUCACAGGAAAAGUAAAACAUUUCCAUAAUUUCAUAUUUUAAUAGGCAUUAAAAAAUAGGAAUCGUUAAAAGAAGACAAUAGAAUUUGCAAAACUAUUUCAACAGGCAUUUUAAAAAUGCUUCAUUACUUUUCCUGUGACAUCCCUGUUCCCUGUUCCCAUCCCUGUUGCAAAAUAGCAACAACAACAACAAAAAAUGUCAACUGAUGAAAAUGUGAUAUCAGAACAUCCAUUUGCUGAUGUUUUCUUGUGCUUUGUGCAGAACACAACACGGGAAAAAGUGCCAUGAAAUGAUUCUGUGCCUCAUUUUGACUUAAACACGUUCCCUCCCUGUUCUCUUCAUGUUAUGAUGCAAAUGAAACACAUGCUCUCUUUCUAACGGAACGCUGCACAUCAGAGAUGUGGAAAAAGAAAGAGAAGUCGGUCUACAACAAGGACGCUGCACAAUAUUCCUCAUUAAUGGGACGAAUGGACCAAAGAUGUCAAAUUUGAGGAUACAUUUUUUGAACAAAGUCUGACAUUGAUACUGAAAUUAUGAUCUUUUUCUUCUUCCUUUUACACACAAAAGCAACUUUAUCUGUGUCUAGCAGUAUUAGUUGACUAGUUAGCAUGGAGCAUGUGUAGCACCAGUGCAAUUUUAAAUUCAAAAUGGUGUUAAUAGAAUUUAAAGGCUUGUUUUAGUCCAAUGUCUGCAAAUUCAAUACACUUUUUAUCGCUGCUGAUCAGUCUUUAAAGCACACUCUGGACCUCUGAUGUUCAGAUGGUUUCAUUUCAUCUCAGUACAACAAUCAACCCGGACACUUGAACCUUGCUUUAGUCGGGAAACAGAGUGGCGUUAUUGUUGUGUGGAAGUGCAAUGCAAGAAUGCAACUGCGUCACCAUGCCGCAAAAACAAAACUCUGACCAUGUUCACAGUAACACCAGCAGGUUUUCAGUCCCUGUGAGUUGAUUAGCAGACUCAUUAAGCUGUGUGGACGACAUUCAAAAACCGUCAGCAGCAGUAAUGUAAGUACUGAAAAAAAAAACCACUGGUAUGGUCCUUUAAUUGCAUUUUGGAAGUGAUGUGUUUGGUUAGUGUCAUAUUGUAUUUGUAACAGGUUGUUGUGUGCACCAUGUUUUCAAACCGGGUGAUGCCUUCAGUUGAUUGGAGGAAAAUCCUGCACUCUUGAGCCACUGUAGGUUAUGACUGAGAACCAGGCUGUCUACACUGUACGCUGCUGUCAUCAGAUUAGCCGUGUCAACCAACUUGGGACUGACCUACUCGUCUAGUCAACUGAACAGAGAUUCCUCAAUAGGAUGUUUUAGUUUCCCAACUUUCUAACAUCUCUGAAUGCAGCGUUGAUCUCGGUCCAGCGGUCAUGGUUUAAAGUUUGAGCAGUGGUCAUCAGGGAGGGGAUGUUAUCACCUUGGAAUCAAAUGCCUUCAAUUUGCAUUUACACAACAUGGCAGCAUCUGAAAGGAAGCACUUAUUUAAUCCAAUCUGUUUACAGGAAAUUGUCAGGGCCACUUCUCACAUCUCAGAUUGUGAUUGAGUUUUUUUUUUUUUUUUUUUUGAACCUCUGUUGAACAGACUCUUAACACUUAUCUACCUGGAUGAUUCAGUAUACCUCUUUUUAUGGGUAAGGACUGUAUGAUAGACAUGUAGAAAGUUUCUGUGCCGUUGUUUCUAACUUUUUACAGUGGUUACGUCAUUGUAUUUGUAGAUUUUGGUGAGCCAUUUUUCAUGUGUUCUUUUUUUGAGUACCUGCAACAUGACUGUUAUAUGCAGAUUCAGCAUUUUUGAUUUCCUUUUUUUAACUUUGAAUGUUCAAAUGACCUGUUUUCUUUAGAUUUUCUUUGUAAAUAUUGUGCAACAUGUCAUGUUUUGUUCAUUUGAUAUGAAAAAUUAAAGAAAAAAAACAGCA